AUGUAAUAAAAACUGUGGAGACCUAUUCCAAACGAUUUUAAUAUUUUAAAUGAAAGACUUUACAUCUAAGGAGAGUUUACCAAAGAAAAUGGAAAGAUUAGAGUCCUCUAUGGAUAUGAUUAAUAUAUACUCUCUUCAAAAGUAAUUAAAAAAUGAGUUAUAUUAGAAUGUCUCCCAACCUAAUAAGUGUUUAAGACUUGAAUUUGAUGUGAAAUUUGAAAUAUUGAGAAAACCUAUUCUAAAAAAAGAUAAGGAUGAUGAUAGUUUAGGUCCCAUUAUAGGAUUACAAUUUUUAAGAGAUUGUGAAGACAAUAUGAUAAAAUUGAGACUUAAUGCAGCCGCUUAGCAAAUUAUUGAAUGGAGAUCGUAUCUUGGAGAAAGAAUUAAUUAAUGGUAAUUUCAUAGUAUGUUCAGAGUUUAUAAAAAAAUAGGGAAAGGAAAUUUUGCAUCUGUAAAAAAUCAUUAUAAUAUUAGGUUUAUUAAGCAGAAAGGAUUGAAGAUAAUUAAUAAUUGGCAAUAAAGGCAUUUGCAAAAUAGGCUGCUUAUUAAGAAGAAAAUGGAAAAAAUGCUAUAAUAAAUGAAUUAACUAUAAUGAGAUAAUUAAAUAAUACACAUUUAAUGAAAUUAUAUGAAGUCUACGAAACUAGUAAUUCAUUGUAUGUAACUCUGGAAUUAUUAGAGGGAGGGUCAUUAUAUGAUUUAAUUAAGGAUAAAGUUUAAAUCAAUACAAAGUAAAUAUAACAAAUAAUUGUGGGAAUCCUUUUAGGACUAUAAGAAAUGCAUAAAAAAGAGAUUAUGCAUAGAGAUUUGAAACUAGAGAACAUAAUAUUCAAAAAACCAAAGUAUAAAUUUAACUAUUCUAUCAAGAAAGAUGGAAUCAGUUGUAAUUGCUGAUUUUGGAUUGGCAACUUAUGUGAAUGAACCAGUUUAUUUAUUUUGUAGAUGUGGAACUCCAGGUUUUGUGGCACCAGAAGUUAUCAAUAUAAAGGAUAUGAAAUCUAAAUAUUCUUCUAUUUGUGAUAUUUAUAGUCUUGGAUUAGUAUUUUAUUUAUUGCUUACUGGAAUAUCUGCUUUUAAUGGAAAAAGUUAUUCUACAGUAGUAAAAUAAAAUAGAGAAGCCAAAAUUAAUUUUGAUAUCAAAUAGUUAAAGAAUGCUCCUGAAUAGGCUAUAGGUUUACUUAAAUAAAUGCUUGAGAAAGAUCCAAAAAAGAGAAUCAAUACUGAACGAUGUCUUAAUCAUCCUUUUUUAUAUGAUACAGCUAGAUAAAUGAUUGAAGAUGAAAAUUAAGAUAAUAGUUUCGAUGAAAUUGAUGAACAAAUUUAAAUUCAAUCUAUGAUGCUUUAAAUGAAUGAUAAGUACAUUUUAUUAUAUUUUNGAGAGUUUACCAAAGAAAAUGGAAAGAUUAGAGUCCUCUAUGGAUAUGAUUAAUAUAUACUCUCUUCAAAAGUAAUUAAAAAAUGAGUUAUAUUAGAAUGUCUCCCAACCUAAUAAGUGUUUAAGACUUGAAUUUGAUGUGAAAUUUGAAAUAUUGAGAAAACCUAUUCUAAAAAAAGAUAAGGAUGAUGAUAGUUUAGGUCCCAUUAUAGGAUUACAAUUUUUAAGAGAUUGUGAAGACAAUAUGAUAAAAUUGAGACUUAAUGCAGCCGCUUAGCAAAUUAUUGAAUGGAGAUCGUAUCUUGGAGAAAGAAUUAAUUAAUGGUAAUUUCAUAGUAUGUUCAGAGUUUAUAAAAAAAUAGGGAAAGGAAAUUUUGCAUCUGUAAAAAAUCAUUAUAAUAUUAGGUUUAUUAAGCAGAAAGGAUUGAAGAUAAUUAAUAAUUGGCAAUAAAGGCAUUUGCAAAAUAGGCUGCUUAUUAAGAAGAAAAUGGAAAAAAUGCUAUAAUAAAUGAAUUAACUAUAAUGAGAUAAUUAAAUAAUACACAUUUAAUGAAAUUAUAUGAAGUCUACGAAACUAGUAAUUCAUUGUAUGUAACUCUGGAAUUAUUAGAGGGAGGGUCAUUAUAUGAUUUAAUUAAGGAUAAAGUUUAAAUCAAUACAAAGUAAAUAUAACAAAUAAUUGUGGGAAUCCUUUUAGGACUAUAAGAAAUGCAUAAAAAAGAGAUUAUGCAUAGAGAUUUGAAACUAGAGAACAUAAUAUUCAAAAAACCAAAGUAUAAAUUUAACUAUUCUAUCAAGAAAGAUGGAAUCAGUUGUAAUUGCUGAUUUUGGAUUGGCAACUUAUGUGAAUGAACCAGUUUAUUUAUUUUGUAGAUGUGGAACUCCAGGUUUUGUGGCACCAGAAGUUAUCAAUAUAAAGGAUAUGAAAUCUAAAUAUUCUUCUAUUUGUGAUAUUUAUAGUCUUGGAUUAGUAUUUUAUUUAUUGCUUACUGGAAUAUCUGCUUUUAAUGGAAAAAGUUAUUCUACAGUAGUAAAAUAAAAUAGAGAAGCCAAAAUUAAUUUUGAUAUCAAAUAGUUAAAGAAUGCUCCUGAAUAGGCUAUAGGUUUACUUAAAUAAAUGCUUGAGAAAGAUCCAAAAAAGAGAAUCAAUACUGAACGAUGUCUUAAUCAUCCUUUUUUAUAUGAUACAGCUAGAUAAAUGAUUGAAGAUGAAAAUUAAGAUAAUAGUUUCGAUGAAAUUGAUGAACAAAUUUAAAUUCAAUCUAUGAUGCUUUAAAUGAAUGAUAAGUACAUUUUAUUAUAUUUUAGUUAUUCGUAAUUCGAUUAUACAAAAAAUAAUAAGAAUUCUCCUCUAUAAUCACCUAUCUAAUCUCCAGGAUUAGUUAUGUAGAAAUAAAUUAAAUAAUAAAAAUAAAUUGAUUCGUAAAAGGCUUUCGGAGCCGAUUCUCCUUUAAUUAAAGGAAAAAUUGAGUCUGUUGAUAGUGCAUAGACUAUUGGAACUCCAACUAAAAAAUCCAGUGUAUUUUCACCAUCACCAUAAUUAAAACCAUCUAGAUUUUCAAAGUAAACUUAAAAUAAUCCAUUAUUAAAAUAUGCUAAAAAAGAUUGAAUAGAA